AUGAUAUCUGUGGAACUUCGGAAAGAUGGGAAGCUCUAUGAGAGCAUCUAUAAGUCCCCCGUAAGGGACCUGGAUAAGUUCUACAAGCAAGCUGCGAAAGAGAUCAGGUGGGAGGAAACUUUUGGCUCGACGAAGUCCGGUAACCAAAAGGAUGAAGGUGGAAGCACUAAUCAGAGCAAGAAGCUGGGUAAUGGCAACAAUGAUAAAAGAGGUCAAGGGCGAGAUCCUAAUGACCAGGUAGCUAAGAAAGUAAGGAACGAGCAAGGAGGCGAGCGACCUCCACACCGAGGUUGCUAUGAGAACUAUAGUAUCAUGUCUGACACACAGGAUAGGAUUUUCGCUGCUGAGAAGAACAUGGAGGAUUUCGAGAGGCCUAAUCCCAUAAAGACUCCUAAAAAAUUCAGGAAUAAGGAUAAGUUUUGUGUUUACCACAACGAGGCGGGGCACAACACCUCCGAGUGCUGGGCAUUAAAAGACGCAAUUAAGGAAUUGAUCAGGAGAGGUCACUUGCAUGAUUAUGUGGUGUGGCCAAGAGACCAACAGUCCCAACAGCCGGUUCAACUAAAGCCUUGUCAAGCUCCCGAGCAGGACCAGGCGCUUGCGGUAAGAACUAUUUUCACUAUUCAUGGUGGGUCUCAUAUCGCAGAAACAUCUAACAGGUCGCAUGAGCAUUAUGUGUGGGAGGCCGGUCACCUACUGCUCAUCGAAUACAGUGGACAGGAGGGACCAUCCAAGAAGGCCAGGUCGAUCCCCGACGACAUCAUUUUCACAGAGAAAGACAACAGAGACGUGCAUUGGCCUCAUAACGAUGCUCUUGUGGUCCGAGCUCAAAUUGGCAACGUUGAAGUGUAG